AUGGACUUUGAGAUAUCAUUUACUCCACAUGACACACUUCUUGAAAAAUGGGAAGCAUGCUUUAAUAACAUCAUAUCUUUUCUAUCUAAAGAAAACCAUAUCAAGGACAGAAAUGUAAAAAAAAUCAUUGAGACAUUAUUGACUGAUGUUGGAAUAUCAGAGAAUGGAAGACAUCUCUCUGGUUACUUUGCCCCAACAAAUAAAAUAGUCCGAAUCGAUCCCAAGUCUUCUAAGAAGGUAACAACAAAAUUCACCAUCAAAGAUUCUCAAGAAUCAGUUAUUUUUGUUGGUGAAACACAACAAAAUAUUGAAGACUACAUGGACCAUGUCAGAAAAACUAAAACUUCAAUACAAUCUUCACUUUUCUGUGUAGGGAAAGAUAUUUUCUCCAUCACAGAUAUCUUUCUUUUCUUCGAUGGAGUACGUUACAAUUUUAAAAGUAUCUUAAAAGCUUUAGAUAUUUGUUUCAAAGCUAUAUAUCUUUUUGAUUUACAAUUCCCCGAGGAAUCGAUUAUGUUCUACACAUUUUUAGAAUGUUUUUUUUAUAAUUUUAAAAGCACAAAAAGUUACUCGAAGGUUCAUAUUCUUUUAGAAUAUUUACAAAUGAAUUCUCAUUAA